AUGCAUAUCCGAGAGAAGCUUGCCAAAAAUGAGGCGGAGGGAAAGACUGGAAUCUCCUUCGAGUUCUUCCCUCCCAAAACCGCCCAGGGUGUACAGAAUCUUUAUGACCGAAUGGACCGCAUGCAUGGGUUGGGUCCUUCAUUCAUCGAUAUCACCUGGGGUGCUGGUGGUCGCUUAUCGGAUCUGACUUGCGAAAUGGUCAGCGUGGCACAAUCGGUCUAUGGCUUGGAGACCUGCAUGCACCUGACUUGCACAGAUAUGCCGGUGGAGAAAGUUGACCAAGCGCUCCAAGCUGCCUACAAAGCUGGCUGCACCAACAUUCUGGCUCUUCGGGGAGACCCACCGCGAGAAAAGGAGGCAUGGGAGGCCGCGGAAAAUGGAUUCUGCUAUGCGAAAGAUCUGGUCAAAUACAUUCGGGAAAAAUAUGGCAACCACUUCGACAUUGGCGUGGGCGGCUAUCCCGAGGGCGCCGAUGACAACACCGAUGUGGACCAGUUGAUCGACCACUUGAAGGAGAAGGUUGAUGCGGGCAGCUCUUUUGUGGUCACUCAGAUGUUUUACGAUGCUGAUAACUUCAUCGAAUGGGUGAAAAAGUGCCGAGCCAAGGGCAUCAAUGUCCCCAUCAUCCCCGGUAUCAUGCCCAUUCAGACAUACGCUUCUUUCAUUCGUCGGUCCAACUGGACUAAGGUUAAGGUGCCUUCUGAGUGGAUGGAGGCCCUUGAGCCGGUCAAGAACGAUGAUUCCGCGGUUCGAGAUAUCGGAAAGACUCUGAUUGCCAAUAUGUGCAGACAGCUGAUCGCAGCUGGUAUCAAGCACUUGCACUUCUAUACUAUGAACCUGGCUCAGGCGACUCAAUUGGUUCUCAAAGAGCUCGAACUUACCCCGUCAGAAGAUUCCCCCAUUCAACGCCCACUGCCCUGGCGGCCCUCCCUUGGCCUUGGCCGAAGAUCAGAGGAUGUGCGACCAGUAUUCUGGCGCAACCGGAACUCAUCAUACGGCACAAAUGAGCAGAACAUCAAACUUUGGGGCGAGCCAAAAUCGAUCAAGGAUAUCUCGGAUAUCUUUGUUAAUUUCUUGACCGGCAAGCUUGACCGACUGCCGUGGAGUGACUCACCAAUCACGACCGAAGCCCACGAAAUCCAGGAGGACUUGCUCAAACUGAACCAGCGCGGAUUCCUGACAAUCAACUCUCAGCCCGCUGUCAAUGGAGUCAAGUCAUCUCAUCCAGUGUAUGGAUGGGGCCCGAAGAACGGUUUCGUCUACCAGAAGGCCUACCUGGAGCUUCUGGUCCCCUCCAACUUGAUCGAUGAGCUCAUCACGCGCAUUGAGAAGAACGAUGAUUUGACCUACCACGCCACCAACAAGAAGGGCGAGCUCAAGACCAACACACGUGACAGCCCGAAUGCCCUGACCUGGGGUAUCUUCGCCGGACGAGAGAUUAUCCAGCCCACAAUCGUCGAGACAGUCAGUUUCUUGGCCUGGAAGGAUGAGGCAUACCUCUUGGGCGAGCACUGGUCCAAGUGUCAUGACGCAGCGAGCCCUAGUCGCCAGCUGAUUCAGCAUGUGAUGGACGACUGGUAUCUUGUCAAUAUCGUCGACAACGACUUCCACCGAUCUAACGCUGUCUUCGAAUUAUUCAAUGGCCUCGAGAUCAAAGAUCUCAACGUCGAGGUGACCGGAAAGCCAUUGACCAACGGCCACGCCGAACCAAACGGCGUUGCUGCCAACUAA